GUUUGACAGAACGUUAGUGUCGAAACGGCACAUGGUGAAUAUUCCUUUUUGUGAAAAAACAAUUUAGAGAUAUGAAGAAAAAUUUAAUAAUAUUGCUGACGGGACUAUUUGCACAAAAUGUCGUUUCUCAAGAAGACUAUGAAAUCAAAAGGGGAACAUAUCCAUUCAUGGCUUUUAUUUAUUAUACCGACGAGAAACUGGUGGACAGCAACGGUGACCGCGUUAUGCAUGCUGGUAUACUUUUGAAGCCUGAAUGGCUUUUAUCUUCUUCUCUGGAGAGCGACCAAGUACCCUUAGCAUUCCCUCAAAAAACCCUUAUGGCUCGGCUUGGAAGUGUUGCUAUAGACAGCUCCUUAUCGCUAAAUGACGAUGAUGGUGAACAAGAACGAGAGAUAAUUGAAGUUAUACGGCCAUACAAUUUUACUGUGGAAACAUGGUGGUACAGCGAUAUAUCACUUUUGAAGACACUGACGCCGUUCAACAUAACAAUGGCCGUGAAGACCACUUCAAUGUCACCGAGAUCAACGGAUUUAGUCGAUAAAAAAUGCUUCAUAUUGCUGUACAUGAGGAAGAAUAGUACUGAAAAACUCUUAACUCAUAUGGCGGUUAAUGUCUUACCAGCAACUAUUGAAACCUGUGGUGACAAAUUCAGAGAAGGCAAAAUGAUUUGUGCCAAUGAUGUAGACAAGAAAACGGAUACUAGUGAUUCCAAAUUUUGCAGCGGUAAUAGUGGAGGUCCUUUAUUAUGCUACACUGAGCCAGUAGGACUACAGACAUAUAUAAACAAUUGCGAUGUUCCUCAUCUUUACCACAUAUUCUCCGGUUGGACUGACUUCAUAAAGUGUGCCAUUCAAGACGAAUGUCAUGAAGAUCAAUGCUCCGCAGUGUGUACUGCCAUUAACAAAGAUCCAAAUGAAUCGUCUACAGCAGUAGCAACUGAACAGGCAAAAGUAAUGUUAAUGGAAUAUCCUCACAAAGAAAUUAAAGAGGACACGCCAGCAGUGACAAAUUUUGGAAAUGAGUCUGAUGAAAGCAACGCUGCUCAGGAAACUAGUUAUGAAACACCAACAGUGACGAAUGCUAGAGUCGAAGAAGUGACAACAUCUACAUCCACUACUACAACUACCCAGGAAACAGCUAUGAUGGAAGAUGGUAGCACUUCGGAGACUAUUGUGGCACAAGAAUCAGAGUCCACUAGUUUAUCGAGUGUUGCUGAGACGAUUGAGCGACGAACUAAUCCUGAAGCCCGACAACUCCCAAAGAAAACUAGAAGCGGAGCUUUUGUGUUCACACCAUGCAUAUCUAAAAUUUUAGUUAUCUUAUUUAGUCUACUUUAUUGAUUUUACUAUUGUUCGUCCUUCAUUUUAGUUGUAACUCUAUGAUUUAGAAUAAACAUUUCUUUCUUUUCCAAUAA